CUUCUGAAAUGGCGUUUCGAUGCGUCAAGUCACUACAAAGAGAACGAGUUGCCGAAUAAGUUGCCAAAAUUUUUAAAUGUUUUAAAAUAUCUCAGUAUUUCAGCUAUCGUGUUAACCGUCGAAAUGAAACAUUGUUUUAGUUUUUCCUCGAACAGUAGAUAAGAAUAAUUACCCCCUAAAUACCCCGAUAACUACAAAAUAUCGAAACAAAACUUCAUUUUAGUUUUUCCUCAUAACAUUCUACUAGGCUAAUUACCCCCUAAAUACCCAGAUAACUACAAAAUAUCGAAAUAAACAUUUCUCAGUUUUUUACUUAUCUCAACUAUCCUUAUAAUCACAAAAUAUCGAGAAAAAGUUUGUUGUUGUUUUUUCUUAAAAUAGUCGCUUAGGAUAAUUACACCCUAAAUAUCCUGGUAACAACAAAAUAUCGAAAUUAAAAAUUUUCAGUUUUUUUUUUUAUUUAUCUCAACUAACCUGAUAAAAACAAAAUAUCGAAAAAAAACUUUUUUUAGUUCUUCUUCAUAACAGUCGCUAAGGCUAGUUACCCCCUAAAUACCUCGAUAACAAAAAAAUAUGGAAAUUGAAAUUUUUCAAUCUUCCUUAUUGAUAUCAACUACCCUGAUAAUUACAAAAUAUCGAAAUAAUUUUUUUCUUAGUUUUUCAACAUAACAGUCGAUUAUUUUAAUAACCCCUAAAUACCCCGACAACUACAAAAUAUCUAAAUUAAUUUUUUUCAGUUUCUUUUUUUUUUAUUUACCUCAUAAAGAGCACGUGGUCCUCAUUUUAGCUGUCUAACUUCUUGAGAAAUGAGAGAAUUAGUAAUGAAUGGAGAGAGGGCUGUUUUUUAUAUAUAGCGGGUGAAAACGAAAUUCCUUAUUUUUUUUAAAUAAAAUAAUUUCUGAUUAGUAUAUAACUGGGUUUUCAGUUUUUAUUUCUUAGAAAAGAAAAACACGUUCCUGAAAAUCAAGGACUUGGGGCCUGAUAAGCUAAAUUUAUAGUUGCUAUAGUUAUUUUUAAACACAGGAUUCUUAAACCUAUCAAACAUCGAAAAAAACUGGCUUUACUUUAUUUCAGGGAGGUAAUCUUUCAAUGUCAGUAGAUAUUAAUCUCUAACCAACUGUAAUCUUGUUGGUGUGUCAAUUGACGAAAAGAAAAUACAGUCGAUAAUCAGAUUUGUGUGUUUGAUGGGAAAAAAGAUUUUAAGUUGUAUGGGGAAAAGGUUUUUUCUCAUCAUACUCAAAUGAAGACCUAAUAUUGUAAUGAAAAGGACCGGUCUUAAUAGCUGGAGAAGCUGGAUUGUUGCUGUUGCUUGUGCUGUUAUUUACUGUUUAUUUGCACCUGUGUACAGGUUAGCUGCAAUAUUUUAUGCAGAAUUCGUAGACAAUUUCGACAUCGAUAGAAAAAGUGCAUCUAUACCAUUCGUUGUGUUAGGAUUUGUAAGAUGUUCAUCGGGUCCGAUCUAUGGAAUUCUGGGGGAAAGGUUUGGUCUUCGUUGCAUGACUUUGGUUGGUUGCUGUCUUUGUGUAAUAGGAUUAACAGCGAGCUUCUUUGCCCAAGAUGUCAUUGCUUUAUCCGUCACUAUAGGAUUAUUCUAUGGUUUUGGAAUGACAUGUACAGCGCUACUGCCAUCUAUCAUAAGAAGUCAUUUUGAUCACAAUGCAACUACUAUAUCAUAUGCAAUAGUUAACCUUGGACCAGGCAUAUGUGGUAUCGCCUUUCCCGGUGUUAUAAUGUAUUUUUUAGACGUGUAUGGUGUUUCAGGAGCUUUAUUGCUUUCUUCGGCUAUCUUACUCAACUCACUUCCUCUAAUCAUGAUACUGAAAAAGCCGAAAAAAAUUACACCUAAAGUUGAAAUGCAAGUAACCCGAAAUAACAUGAUACAUGAAACCAUUUCUCAGCAAGGCAAAAUUCAUAACGAGGAAACAUUUGCUACAGAAACAAAUCGCAUUAGGACCAACAAAGAUAGUGUAGGUCAUUCAGAAACGCUACAGUUAAAGGAUGAUCUUAACAUCGUGAAAAUAACUUCAACUUUCAUUGAAAAGAAAAUUCCAAAAUGUAUGCAGCAUAGCCAAGAAGGGUGCUCAUGUUUAACUCUGUUAAAGAAACCUGAUUCACAAAGGUUUUCACAUCCAAACAAAAUUGAAAUAAUUUCUGAAAAUUACCAAGUACAAGUACAGAAAAAAGAUCAUCCUCAACCAGUUUUAAAAGACGUUGAUAUCGCUCCUUCAAAUAAUAACGUGCAAGAAAUCAUCCAAAAAGAGUUUACCAAUGCGAAACAUUCAAAUGCAAUAACAUCUGACAAAUAUAAAGGAAAGAACAAAAACUUAUUCCACUCAUUAAACGUUCUAAGAGAUCCAACGUUUAUAGUUUUGACGUUCAUACAGGGUAUUGCUGUUUACACAUAUCAUGUGUGGCUUACUACACUAAUAGACUAUUCCAGAGAUAAAGAAAUCGAUAGGAGUUUCGAAAUAUACCUUUUGACACUAAACCCAAUCACAGACAUAAUUGGACGCGUAGCUCUCGCAUGGGUAACAGAUAAAGGCUAUCUUUCAAUAGCAAAGAUGGGCGCACUUUUAUUUAUGUCACUUUCUAUUUCAAGCAUUUGGAUUGCUGUAGCAAAAGAUUUUGCAAUGUUAGCAUCGGGCAAUAUGUUAAUGACAUUUACUAGUGGAGCAUAUUUGAGCAUAUGCCCUGGAAUGAGUUAUGCAUAUAUUGAAAAGGAUAAACAGAUACUAUCCAUUGCCUCUUAUGGUUCAUUGUACGCACCCUUAAGUUUUACAGUGUCCCCCUUAAUAGGAUAUUUUAGGGAGAAUCUAGGAUCAUACGAUGGACUUUAUUAUUUGCUUGCUGUGAUGAACUUUGCCAGCAGUCUGAUUGUUCUGAUGCUUCCAAUGCUAGCUAAUAUGAGAGAAAAAAAGGAAAAGAUAUAAGAUCAGCACCAUUGUUUGAA